UCUGCUGAAAGUAUUUACAGUCAUGAAAUGACUGGAAUUAAUUGAUAAUACAAUCAUUUCCGGCAUCGUGCUGAGAAAGAAUGAUAGAGAAGGAGUUUGCGGUCGGGAAUUUUUUUCUUUUCCUUUUUUGUCAUUGAAACAUGCCGGAUUUACGCAAGGAGCGAGGGAGAGCCGUGAGAGAUUAAUAGAAGCUAAAUAUAUAACACUGUUUUAUAAACACAUGUGGGUAUCCUGAGAUAUACAGAGAUCCGGAAUAGUCGAAUAAGUGUUCAGUAUUAGUGAGUGAGAGUUAGAGUUGAGAGACGAUGAAGGCGCAUUGAGAAAACUAUCCAUUCUACAAUGUCAAAACGAUUGCUCAUCAAACGACUGAUCUAAUGAGAUUUUUUACUGAUAUUUAUAUUAAUUAUCUUGUUAAUACUUAUUUAAUUGAGAACAUCAUCGAUCUAGCCGUGAUAAAUGUAUCAUUGUAUGCAUGGAAAUGCAUGUGCUGUUAUCAUUGCGCCACAAUGAAUGACACUUAGUUAAAGACAAGAAACUUUCCAUUCUUUAUACGCUACAUGUUGUGAUUACAUUAACAAAAUGUCUAUAGUAAUCAUUCAUGUAGAGUUAGACAAAUUUCUUUAAGAAUCUAAAGAAAGACAUGAUUAUGUCGAUUCUUGGUAAGAAAAAGUUUUUUGAAAGACUCUCCGGCAGUCAUUUGACGCGAGAGGCGCCGAGAAUAGAAGCUACCAAUAAUGGAAUGCCGUCUGUUGUAAUCAGCAAUAAGGUCAGUGAAAAAAAUGUAAUCGAUGAUUUUCCGAUGUUUUUCUUAACGUUCGUGUGCCGAAUUUAGGAAGAACUCGACGAUAUUUGGAUGAGUGAGAUUGACAGUGGCAGUAUCUCCUCCGAGAAUGGUUCGGAUUCUGUCACCUGUCACAUAUCAACGCCGAUGACGCAGGAGCAACUCUGGAGCAAAGAGGAAGUCGAAAUAGCGCUAUCGAAUCUUCCAGGGGGCGAAGCUGCUCUUUCCCUGAUCCCUACUCUUCAAAAUGAUACUCUGCAAAAGGUUUUGGAGGAAUUCCAAUGCUUGACUCUCAAUGAAAUUAUGGACUGUAAUCAUCGAAAGAUCACACUGCCUACGUUUGCGAACGGGUUUAUGCGAAAGGCUUUACUAGAUAGCGAAAAUGGAGCAGCGGCUGCCGCGACUCCGGGUCAGUUACUUGCAGGAUGGCCAGACACAUGUCUGUUGAUUUCUUGCUGGUUAGGUCACGUGGAGAUUGCCAAGGCUUUGCUAGACAAAGGUGCGCCAGUUUCUACAAGUGACUGCGAUGGAAGAACACCAUUGCAUCUGGCAGCUUGUGCCACAUCCGUAAAACUCGUGGAGGAGUUACUGAAGCACGGUGCUGAUCCGUGCAAAUGGGAUCUCGGAAAGAAAUGCACCCCGUUACAUUGUGCUGCAGCGGCUAGUUGCGUCGCUACCGUCAAAUCCCUGAUUAAAUCGGGUGCAAAUGUAGACGCCGGAUUAUCCGGCAAAAGCCCGCUUCAUUAUGCCGUGUUAAACAACGCUGGAGAUUGUGUCGAGACUCUACUACAAGCAGGUGCUUGUCCCAAUAAUCCACAGGUUUACACAGAGACACCUUUGCACGUGGCGACUAGUUUAGGCAAUGUGCGUUGCACUAAAUUACUAUUGAAUCAUGGAGCGGAUGUGAGAGUGCAACUGGGAAUCGCGAGAUCGACACCUCUGCAUCUGGCAGCCGAAGAAGGGAGCGUGGAGUGUACUAAGCUGUUGCUGAAUGCCGGUGCGGCCUGGGAAGCAAAGAACUCGCGCGGUCAGACGGCGAUGCAUCUUGCAGCACUUGCUCAAUCUAUAGAAACGUUAGAUGUAUUAAUAAAUGCCGGUGCGAAAGUCAACGAGGAGGACGACGAUGGGCGAACUCCUCUACAUGCUGCAGUUGCAAAAGCCUUGAGGAGCGGUGAACUGGUCAAGACUUUGAUACAAGCAGGCGCUUUGGUCAACAAGGCGGACAAAUUUGGUUACACGCCAUUGCACAUCGCGGCCUUGAACGAGAGCUCGCCCACGGUGAUGUUGUUACUGUCGAAGGGCGCCGAUAUGACGGCGCGCACCAAGGGCGGCAUUACAGCUCUUAACUUUAUUAUACGUCGCACUCCAGAUGUAUUACCACUCUUUGUAGCACGUUUCGAUCAGGCGAUUUCGCUGCACGAUCAUGAACUGGGCGACGUAGACUGCGAGUUGCGACUGGACUUUCGGCCGUUGGUGCCAGGCGGUCGUGGUGAGACGGAUCUAAUGCUUUGUCUGGUAGAAGUUGGUCAGGGUCACGUGCUGAAGCAUCCGUUGUGUGAAAGUUUCCUUUAUCUCAAGUGGCUGCGUAUCCGCAAGUUCUUCUUGCUCAGCCUGAUGUUUCACUCGAUCUUCGUUGCCCUCUUCACUGGUUACGUUGGAGCAACGUAUCUCUGGCACGUGAAACGGCUCAGCAAUGUUCUUCUCUGGCCAGUAUUGGGUUUCACCUGUAUGCUUGCAGGCAAGGAAUUUUUUCAAAUCGCUCAUGGUAUCUACUGCUAUGCCAAACGCUGGGAGAAUUGGCUGCAGUGGAGCGUGAUCAUGGCAUCCGGCAUUAUCCUGAUUCCGUCAGCCUAUACUUGGCAGCAUCACGUUGCCGCUCUGGGUGUCUUAUUGGUCUGGAUCGAGUUAAUGAUAGUGGUCGGUCGCUUUCCUAUGUUCGGCAUCUAUGUACAGAUGUUCACUCAAGUGUCCAUCAACUUCUUCAAGUUUCUCGCAGCCUACAUUUGCCUCAUAGUCGGCUUCUCCCUUGGCUUUAGCGUGCUACACAAGAACUACAAGUCCUUCGCUGAUCCAUUGGUCAGUCUACUCAAGACGAUGAUCAUGAUGUCAGGCGAGCUCGAGUUCGAGGAUGUCUUUUUCGACGAAAAAGCACCGCUCCAAUAUCCUGGUACAGCCCACUUGAUGCUUCUCAGCUUCGUUAUUCUAGUGACAGUGAUCCUGACGAAUCUGAUGGUUGGUCUAGCCGUAUCGGAUAUUCAAGAACUGCGCAGAUGCGCUGGCCUUGAUAGAUUAGUGCGCCGUGCCGAGUUAGUGGCUCAUCUCGAAAAUAUGCUAUUCUCCAAACUUCUGGAUCGGGCUCCAGCAUGGAGUAUAAUACAGGCAUGCAGGAGAGGCGCUUUGCUAUUACAUCCACCGUAUCAUUGCGCCUUACACAUUCGACCGAAUGAUCCACGUGAAAAACGUUUACCGCGAGAUCUCAUCCGGGCAACAUAUCGUUUGGUCAGUGAGAGGAAAACGCGGCGGACAACAUACAGAGGCAGUGUGCCACCGUUACUACGAAAUGUGAAUGCCAUGGAUUCGAGUCACACAAGGCUCAGUAGAAUGUACAGCAACGAGAGCAACCAGCAGCAGCUAAAUGAGCUGGCAGCCGAAUUGAAGAGAUGCUCAUACAACAUCAGCACUAGGCUGGACAGUUUAACCAACAAAGUGGAAAAUAUUGCUAAGGACUUGGACAUGUCGCCUAACUAAGCUACAUUCAUCAUUCAAGUCUCUGUAUAUUUUAUUUUUAUUGUUCACCGAAUAUUAAACAAGGAUAAAAUGAUACA